AUUUACUAUACGAGUAUAUAAAUGCAACACUAAUAAAGACAUCAGAUUCAAAACUGCUCAAAUAUUGCUUCAAAUUGUGGCACCUCUAAUCUAAAUCGCUAGAAAGCCUAAAACUUUUUUAAUUUAAUACCGAAAAUAUCAAUUAAUUUGUGUGAUAUCUUAAAUUAUAUCUAACAUAUUGAUUUCGCCCCUGUCAUCGAAUUUCGAAUGUCGAAUGUACCGUCGGUACCACAAAGUUUUCCGAUGAAAAAUAUUUAAUUGUUAUGUUUUGCCAGAGUACUUAUUUGAAAUUUAGUUCAAUAAUUUACUAUUUUUUCUAACUUUGCUGUCUAUACUUUUCAGAACAUCUAGUGCCAGAUACAUAGUUUCUUCGAGAAACAACUGCAACAUUAAGGACCACAUAAUCUCUGUGACGUUUAUUAAUUUUAUUUGGACGCCACAGUAUAAAUAUUAACACUCCACUCUCUUAGAAUUUUAAUAUCUUUAAUAUUCUGUAAACCUUCGAAAACACUACCGCUUGUUCCGUUCUUUAUAUUCUUGCAACAUGUUGCUACAGAGUAUAAUUGUUUUGUUAUUACCGGUUGUUAUUACCACCUAAAACUAAUUGAGAUAGAUGAAAUCAAAGUAAUAAUAUCCGCAGAUAAUACUAUAAUAAUAAAUACAUUGAUUUGAUGCAACGAAUGGCAUUAGGAAGGUAAUCUGUGGUUGUAAAAAUUUUGUAAAGUGGGUGUGGCCUCGCGCCCUAUUUAGUUUAAUUUACAGAUCUCCCAAAUCUUUCAAGCCAAUUUUGCCGAGAAUAAAUCCUUUCGACCAUGAAAAUUGGAAAAAUCGGACGAUAACACCGACAAAUGCGUUGCAUUGGAUGACGGCGUCAUUGAAGACAUUUCAAACAAGUCCUUCUCGACUGCAUCAGUGAAAACACCACAGAACUUGUUUGGUUUGCGUGUGCUGUCGGGUAUGGAUGCGGCAGAGCCACAAAUGGACUUGCAGCAAAAGAACUCGCGGGAAAUUCGAAAUAAUACAAUGAGAGAACUGCACGGCUACAACAACAAUGGCAAUAAAAGUGAGCCAUCAAUAUAUACCGUACAGCAGCAUACGCAUCAGCAUAGGCAGUCGCGUUUGACACUGCGUGCCAAUUUGGCCCAUCAUAACAGUAAUCAGCAGCAAAAUUUUUGGAAACCAACUCCGCUGCAAUUGCAACAGCAAUAUUUGAUGGAUAAUCGACGAAUAUUCGAUUCCUCACCAAUCAUACGCAAUUCUGAAUCCGCGCUGAGAAGGUCAAACGAGGCGAAGAAUCUGGAAAGUAAAAAACGAGUCGUCAAAAUGCUUUUCGUUUUGGUGCUGGAGUUCUUCAUAUGCUGGACGCCACUGUACGUGAUCAACACCAUUGCCAUGUUUAUCGGCCCAGCUAUUUACGAGUACAUCGACUACACAUCCAUCUGCUUUUUUCAAUUGCUCGCAUACUCCUCAAGCUGCUGCAACCCCAUAACAUAUUGCUUCAUGAAUGCUAGCUUUCGGCGUGCAUUUCUCGACACAUUCAAAGGGCUACGUAUGAGCAGCGGGACUAGCCGAAGGGUUGGGGAAGCAGGCUUCAGCGGUUGGAUCAAACGGCGAAGGCGGACGACCGGUGGUGGCGAUAGUGUUAGCUGCACGCAGUUACCCGCUCUCGGCACAAACAACUCGAUUUCACUGACCAAUAAUACAAUUAUUGUCCCGAACAUCAACACAGCAAUGCACAACUCGCAAACACCACAAAGUAAUUGAAGUUGUCAACCGAAAAACGGGAAAUGUCGUUUUUAGAUUUUUUGUGGUGCAUGCAUAAGUGCAUACGUGGAAAUGAACUCCACCAAAUUGGAAUUUUUAAAAGUUUUAAAUGUCACAAAUAAUAAAGAGCUGAGUUGGGAUACUGCCAACCAUCACAUA